AUGGCAACUGGAGAUGAUGAAAAGGCCUCCGUCAAGGACAUUGAAAAUGUUCUGGCCGAAGGCAAUCAGAAUGAGCUGAAGCGUGACUUCAAGCCGCACCAGGUCUUCAUGUUCAGUAUCGCCUGCGCCAUCGGAACAGGCUUGGUCAUCAGUACUGGAACAUCUCUCGUCCGCGGUGGGCCUGGAAGUACCCUCAUUGCCUACCUCCUCAUCGGUGCCGCCGUCUUCUUUGUCAUGACCUCCCUCGGCGAGAUGGCUGCCUUCUUGCCUAUGAAUAAAGGGUUCAGCGGUUACGCCAGCCGCAUGAUUGAUCCGGCGCUAGGGUUUGCAACAGGUUGGAAUUACUUCUUGAAGUAUAUUGUCUCGACACCAGCAAACUUGACUGCUUGCGGUCUGAUUAUCCAGUACUGGCGACCCGACUUAAACGUGGCCAUCUGGGUCACUGUCUUCGGCGUCCUGGUCAUCCUCACCAACAUUAUCCAUGUUCGCCAUUUUGGCGAGUUGCAAUUCUGGCUGAGCAUCGCCAAGGUCGCCAUCAUGGCCGUCCUCAUCGUCGGGUGCCUGGUUGUCGCUCUCGGUGGCGCACCCAACCAUAAGCGAACCGGAUUCACCUACUGGAACGACCCAGGUGCUUUCGCACAUUAUCUUGCCGAUGGCCCCAAAGGCCAGUUCCUCGGCUGGUGGGCAGCCAUGGUGAAGACGUGCUUCGCGUACACUGGUACCGAGGUUGUAGGCAUGACCUUCGGAGAGACCCCUAACCCUCGAAAGAAUAUCCCAAGGGCCGUGAAGCAAACCUUCUACCGAAUUGUCGUCUUCUACAUUCUCAGUGUCAUUGUUCUUGGCAUGUGCGUGCCGUACAACGACCCAGAGCUGCUUGCCGCCACCAAAAAGUCCACAAGCGGAGCUGCUUCUCCUUUCGUCGUUGCCUUCAAUAUGGGCGGUGUCAGAGCCAUGGGUGGUUUUGUCAACGCCAGUCUCCUCGUUUUCACAUUUAGUGCUGCCAGUACCGACAUCUAUUGUUCUUCUCGAUCCAUUUAUGGUCUCGCCAAGGAUGGGCAAGCCCCAAAAAUCUUUGCCAAGGCGCUCGACAACGGCACUCCAAUUUGGGCCAUUGCCAUUUCCUCUAUUUUCGUUGGUCUAGGCUACAUGAAUGCCAGUAAGGAUGCCGGCCAAGUCUUCGAUUAUCUCGUCAGUCUCAUCACCAUCUUUGCCAUCCUUAACUGGAUCGCUAUUCUCACCUCUUACCUGGGGUUCCGACGCGCAAUCAAGGCCCAGGGCAUCAGCGUAGAGUCGCUCCCAUUCGUCGGAUGGCUCCAGCCCUAUGGCGCAUACUACUCUUUGUUUAUUUCGCUCUUGGUUCUCGUUUUCAGCGGAUAUGAUGCUUUCAUCCCCACCUUCAAGGUUGAUCAAUUUAUUCUCAAGUAUUUGGGAACAGUCAUCUUCAUUGGCAAUGUUGUCGCCUGGAAGUUGGUCAAGAAAACCAAGAUGCAUCGUCCAGAGGAGGUGGAUUUGGUCACUGGCCGACGAGAGUUUGAGGAAGUCGAAACCACAGAUGACCAUAGAUGGAACGAGAGCUGGUGGAAGAAUGUCGGUGCAAAACUCAGGCUGAGGAAGUAA